GAAACGGCGUGCAGAUAAACAGCGUCCAAAUACUCUUCAGGCAACCUGUGUGCACAACAGAUCUGCGGAUAAAUUACUUGUGCAAACUGAUAUCAGUUAGGUGAUAUGAAUGUCUUUGUAUAACAUGUUUUUGUAAACUAAGAUAAAUUCAAAUCUAUCGCUGGUUCGCUGUCUAGAUUUUGAAAUGGGUAUACAAAGUGAGAAGAAAGAACAAAGCGGAACGGGGCCAUAAAACCAAACUGACAGCACAAGGCCAUCAAGUAUCGGAGUAGACCACCAAACAGUACUUCCGGUCUCCCACGGUGAUGCUGUGAUGGAGGAACCAAUGAGCAUCGUCCGUGUUUGCCUGUCGGAACAAUAACUGAGGACUCCCAGUGUGAAACUACCAACAUGCCUCGACCUGUUCGGGGCGCUCUGUCACCAUGGAUACAGAGUCUCAUCCUGAGCUAUGGCAGUGAGGAUGAGAGCAGCAGAGGCUGGCUGAGGGCCCAUGUCAUCGGGGUGGGUCAGAUGUCUCAGUCCCAGGUUCAGGUUCAGGUUCAGGCUCAGACCCAGGCUCAGGGCUCCGAGGGCCCCACAGGGCUGCUCUACCUGUCUGAUGGGGUGCUCCAGAUCCCUGCCAUCCUCACCUCAUCAGCCUGGGAGCAUCUCCAGGAGCAGGAGGACCGCGAGUGUUUCACCAGCCUGGUCAACACCACGGUGUGCAUCCAGGACUACCGGCUGCAGUUCCACAUGGCCCAAGAACAGACUAAAUGCAGAUUCAUCAUAUCGGUUGGAGAGCUUGCCACGAUUGCAGUCGGUCCAGUUAAAGACAGCACCCCUUGCAGCACCACAUUGCCCUCCGUCAGGCUGAAGAUCUGCAAGACGUGGCGGGCCCUGCUGGGUCAGGAGGAGACGCAGGACUCUCAGAAGAGCCAGUGUGGGUUUGAUCUGUCAGAGCUGCUGGGGGAGUGGCGACAUGACUGUCUGCAGGCCGUGCUGGAGGAUGUUCGGAAGAAGCUGAUGAUGGUAGCGAGCAACCGCCCCGUGAGCCCGCAGCCCUCCACCUCCACUUGCAACCCAUCAUCUUUGACCCACCCAGACACAUUCACAGCCACAAGCUGGGGUGUUGACAGGGUCAGAUAUAAGGGAACGAAACGUUUCAGUGUCCCCAUAAAGUGUCUCCUCAUCCCAGAGGAAGAUGCUCAGCGGCUGCAAACACCACGGAAUGUUGGAUGCGGACCAACAAGUGGAUUUUCUGCUACCUCUGAGGACGGAAAGAGAGAUUUGCCUCAAGUCUGCAAACCUUCAGAGACCACGUGGCCUUCUGAUGAUGAUGCAGAGUGGCGAAUAGGCGAGCCGGCAGUCGUAGAGAGAGAUCGAGACGCUGACGAUAGUUCACCUCGUCCUGUGGAGGACUGCGUGCUACACGAGGGCUUGAUUGCAGCGAUGAUCGACAGCGACAUCAGGCCUUUAUCUAACCCGUGGGAUAUGUUUCCUCCACCAUCAUCCUCCGAUGCAUCCCCAGAAGCAACACCAACCCAUUCACUGCACAAUCCCACUGCUACUGAAUUCAAGUCUGAUCAUUCAGUGAUCUUGACCAGCACGCAACUUCCUGUCGACAGCUCGAAGGAAUCCCACCAGACGUCAGAGCACAGCAAAGGAGAGCACAGUUUCCUCCCACCAUACCAGGAACUGCCACACUCAACUGGUUCUUCAACUUCUGUGAGUCCACCAGAGCCCUUCACCAGACCGUCAAACCUGUCUGCGACAGACGAACACCACGCCGACACAGCGCAGCAAAAUCUUCCAGCUUUAGAGCAGAUUUUGGAAAAACACACGGAGGAGACUAUUGAGAGAAAAUGUAGAAAGGCAAAGAGAAAGAGAAGUGAGCCCACACCAGAAGUACUAGUGGAGGAUGAGGAGGAAGAAGCUCAGAUCAGUGGGAGCCCUCCAUCUUGGCUCUUUGACACUCAGACAAGCUCCAAGGCCGAAGAGGGCUACAGUCCCCAGCAGGGUCAAACUGUCUCAGGAAAGAGACCCACCGUUCACAGCGAUGGCAGGCUGUUCUCUUACUCUUACCAAGUGUCUGGACAGAAUCUGCAGGAUCUCAGUCGGUUCAAAGUGGCAGAGUCCUUGCUGCACUGGGCGGUGAAAUAUCUUGUUGUUCCAAAGCAGACAGAUAAUCCACACAACACAUCAGUAACCUCCAAUCAAACGUCAUCUGACGGCACCAACAUCACUUCACUUUAGGUUAAAGACAGUUUAUCUGAUCUGAUCUUGUUUCAGUUGUUGUUUUCAGAUUGUUGGUUAUUACAAUGUCCUUUGACAUAGUGUUGACUCAUGCUAGUGUUCCAGAGCAACUCUCUGUAGUUGAGUCUAUUUUGUACGGUAUGUCUGAAGCACUGAGUAAAAAAAUAAAUAUUUUGUAAAAGAAAAAUACUGGUACAUGUUUACUGUGAAACAUUUUAAGCUUGUCCAGCGUGAAUACAAAAAGCAGAAAUUCCUUUGCUGUCUUAACUAAACUAGAAUAUAAAAAAACAAAACAUAACUCAAUUUUUUUCUGGGGCUUUCAGACGCAUCUUUCAUUGUUUCUUAGCAGAUAUUUACUGAGCUGAAAACUAGAACUAUUUGUUGAAAGUUUGAUGAGCUGUUCACUGAACUUGAGAAAAAAUAUGAAUGCUGCAUUUAUACAUUUUGGCAACUUUGGGGUAUAACAUCAAAAGGCCACAUCAUGGCCUUAUUAAGUUACUAUGGGGAAUUUAAUAGCAAACAGUUGCCUAUUUACACAAUCAGCUAGUUACUAACUGUCUGCUGUUUGGUGUUUGGCAGAUAGUGUACCGGGAGUUUAUCAUUUGAUCCAUUGUUAACAAAAACGAUUGAUUAGUGCAGCUUUAAAGUUAUUAAAAUGGUCAAGGGACUGAAGUGGAUACUAACCAUCAUCUCAUAUCAGAGCAAACAACUGUGACUUAUAUUAAAAGGCACUUGUAUAAAACCACAACACGUUUCCAU